UAGGCUAAACCUUAGAGACACAUUCCAAAGAGCGGAACUUUGAGGUCCCAAGUUUAAUGGGCUCCAAGGUUAGUCAACCGAUAACGAAUUUUUCCUAAUGCUCCGAAGGUCUCCGGCACGCGUUGUUGCCUUUCAGUUGCUUCCACUUAUCUAUACUCGUAGAUUCUCUGAAGCCUCGAGAAACUUUCGCCGCGAGCUUCGAGGAGGAAACGGGCCACUUCGACCCGAAUUGCUCGAGCGGGUCUCGCGCCUGCUCGUGCUUGGCAGGUACGAUGCUUUACAUGAUCUCUCUGUCGAUUUCUCAGAUAAAUUUCUCAACUCCCUCCUCCGUAGAUUAAGGCUUAACCCAGAGGCAUGUCUCGAGCUUUUCAAUUUGGCUUCAAAACAGCAAAAGUUCCGGCCUGAUUACAAGGCUUAUUGUAAAAUGGUUCACAUAUUGUCCAGAGCUAGACUGUACGAUCAGACGAAAUCGUAUAUAUGUGAAUUGGUGGCUCUGAAUCACUCGGGCUUCGUUGUCUGGGCCGAGCUCGUUCGAGUUUUCAAGGAGUUUUCGUUCUCUCCUACAGUCUUUGACAUGAUACUGAAAGUUUAUGCAGAGAAGGGUAUGACUAAGAACGCGUUACAUGUGUUUGACAACAUGGGAAGCUAUGGACGAGUCCCUAGUUUGCUGUCUUGUAAUAGCCUGCUGAGCAAUUUGGUCAAGAAAGGGGAAAAUUUUGUGGCUCUACACGUUUAUGAUCAGAUGAUUAGAUUUGGGGUUUCUCCGGAUGUGUUUACUUGCAGUAUUGUUGUUAAUGCUUACUGUAGAAGUAGGAAAGUGAAUAAAGCCAUGGAAUUUGCAAAACAAAUGGAGAUUUCACUGGGUUUGGAGCUGAAUGUGGUUACUUACAAUAGUUUGAUGAAUGGGUAUGCUAUGAUCGGAGAUGUUGAGGGAGUGACAAGAGUGUUACGGUUGAUGACUGAGAGAGGGGUUUCUAGAAACGUUGUCACGUAUACUUUGUUGAUUAAGUGUUAUUGUAAAAAGGGUUUGAUGGAAGAAGCAGAACAGGUGUUUGAAUUGGUUAAGGAGAAUAAACUUGUUGCGGAUCAGCAUAUGUACGGUGUGUUGAUAGAUGGAUAUUGUCGCAGUGGUAAAAUACUUGAGGCUGUUAGGGUUCAUGAUGAUAUGAUGGAGAUGGGAGUAAGAACAAAUACAACCAUUUGUAACUCCUUGAUCAAUGGGUAUUGCAAAUCUGGUCAAUUAGUUGAAGCGGAACAAAUAUUUACGCGGAUGAACAACUGGAGCUUGAAGCCAGAUCAUCAUACGUACAAUACCCUUGUGGACGGAUAUUGCAGGACUGGUCAUGUUGACGAGGCUUUAAAGCUUUGUGAUCGAAUGUGCGAAAAAGAAGUUGUACCAACAGUUAUGACUUACAAUAUUCUUCUUAAAGGUUAUAGUCGGGUUGGUGCUUUUCAUGAUGUUCUGAGCCUUUGGAAGAUGAUGCUAAAAAGAGGUGUACUCGUUGAUGAGAUUAGUUGUAGCACUCUACUCGAAGCAUUGUUCAAGCUUGGCGAUUUUGAUGAAGCUAUGAAGCUGUGGGAGAAUGUCUUAGCAAGGGGUCUAUUGACAGAUACGGUAACCUUAAACGUAAUGAUCAAUGGACUAUGUAAAAUGGAGAAGAUCAAUGAAGCCAAAGAGAUUCUAGAUAAUGAGAAUAUUUUCAGAUGUAAGCCAGAUGUGCAAACAUAUCAAGCGUUGAGCCAUGGGUAUUAUAAAGUUGGAAACUUGAAAGAAGCUUUUGGGGUUAAAGAUUCUAUGGAAAGGAAAGGAAUCUUCCCCACCAUAGAAAUGUAUAACACUCUGAUAUCUGGUGCUUUCAAGUAUAGACACUUGAAUAAAGUAGCAGAUCUUGUGAUUGAGCUACGUGCCAGAGGAUUAACUCCUACUGUUGCUACAUAUGGGGUUCUUAUCACUGGCUGGUGCAAUAUUGGAGUGAUGGAUAAAGCCUACACUACGUGCUUCGAGAUGAUAGAGAAAGGAAUUGCCUUAAAUGUAAAUAUUUGCAGCAAGAUUGCAAACAGUUUGUUUCGGCUUGAUAAGAUCGACGAGGCUUGUUUGCUAUUGCAGAAGAUUGUGGAUUUUGAUCUGCUUCUUCCCGGUUACCAGAGCUUGAAACAGUUUCUUGAGCCCAAUGCUAUUACAUGUCUUAAAACACAAAAACUCGCCGAUUCUCUCGAGGAUAGUACUCCUAAGAAGCUCUUAGUUCCCAAUAAUAUAGUUUACAAUGUUGCUCUCUCGGGCCUCUGUAAAGCUGGUAAACUCAAGGAUGCUCGAAAACUCUUCUCAGAUUUACUAUCGAGUAGUGGGUUUAUUCCAGACGUAUACACGUAUACGAUACUAAUUCAUGUAUGUGCUAGUGAUGGUGAUAUAAAUGAAGCCUUUAACCUGAGGGAUGAGAUGUUUCUAAAAGGUAUUAUUCCGAACAUUGUUACAUACAAUGCUUUGAUAAAAGGCUUGUGCAAGUCGGGGAAUGUAGAUCGUGCUCGGAGGCUUUUACGUAAGCUUCCACAGAAGGGGAUAACUCCUAAUGCUAUUACCUAUAACACAUUGAUUGAUGGACUGAUUAAAAGUGGUGAUGUUGCUGAAGCUAUGCGUUUAAAAGAAAAAAUGAUUGAGAAAGGCUUGAUUAGAAGAUCCUCUAAACAAGAGGAUGUUGAAACAUCAAAAGAGGCUUUUGAUCCGGUAAUCAAAUCAGGGAUUGCAGGAGUGAUGGAAAGGAAUUCGUAUGAGCUUUAUGAUGUUAGGAUAGUUUCUGAAGCAGUAAUAUGAUGACGAAUAAAAAAUACUUAACUCUUCUAAAACUCUUCGAAACAUCACUUCAGAGUCAAUGAUGUUGCUAUGAGUGAUGGGUAACAGGAAUGGAGGCUUCUAAGAAUCUCCACCAUUGAUGUGAAAAUGAUUGUAUUAUACUUUCAGGAAAACAGUGUAUUGUCUCAAGAUCGUUUGAACCUUCUGCCAAAAACCCCAUCAUUUGGAUAUAAAUAUAUCAGCCUUUUUCUUCUGAUCCUUGAGGUUUUAAGAGAUAAGACAUCAUAUUCAUGGAGCCUGAUGUUUCGAGCGGUCUAAGUUUUAAGAUAGAGAGGCCAAAAGAUCGAUAUCAGUCACACUGGUGGUCUUUGAUAAGCUGAUCAACUGAUCAGACCAGUAAAGCUCUCCACUUCAUGGUUCAUCUUGUUUCUUCCAAGCCAGAUAAGACCCUGUGAUCAUAUAUCUAUGUACCAAUCAUAUAAUGCUCAAUGUAAUAAAUGCGAUUGAUGAAUAAGUAAGUUUGCUUCAGAUCAACUCAAAACUAGUGAUUAAAUUGACGAGCCACCUCUCUUGCUUUA